AUGGAAGCUUGUCUCUCCCCAGAGCAAUCCAAUGUCACUUCAUACGCUGACACGACUGUGGCCAUCAUCAUUACACUUGAAGUGUUCGCUGGCAUGUGGAUAAAUGCUUUCAUUGUUUCUGUGAUUUGCGUGACCUGGGUCAGAAAGAAAACCUUGAACUCUAAUGAGAAGAUUUUAGUGGUUUUGGGAUGCUCCAGGUUUUGGUUUUUGUGCAUCUCAUGGGUAUAUUCCAUUUUUUUAAUAAUUUAUCGCAAUUAUCUUUAUGUUCACCCCAUAUUUCAUCUACUUAAUAGUGCUCAGAACUUUUUUAAUUAUUCCAACUUGUGGUUUUCUGCUUCUCUUUUUGUCUUUUAUUGCAUAAAAAUUGCCAAUUUCAGGAAGAGCUUCUUCAUCUACCUGAAAGUAAAAAUUGACAGGAUUGUGCCCUGCCUCUUGUUGGGGUCUGUGCUUUUCUCCCUGGUUAUCGGAAUCAUAGCCUACAACAUCAUGGAUAAAGCACUCAGCAACAACUUCAAUUUCACCUGCCAAGGAAGUAUUUGGAAAGCAAGUAUCACAAUAGAUCAACAUCUUUUGCCUCAUUAUUUUAUCACUGGCUUUGGAUAUGCCAUUUCCUUCACAGCAGUCAUCUUGUCUGCCCUUCUCCUUCUCUUUUCUCUCUGGAGACACAAACGCAACAUGCAGACAAACUCCAUGAAGGACCUCAGCAUGGAUGCCCACAUCAAAGCCAUGAAAUCCAUUCUCUCCUUCUUCAUAAUGUACAGCAUCAACUUUAUAUGUUUGAUCUUGACUCUCAUUUAUUCAAUGAAGAAUGAAAGUGGCGUGAUAUUUUUAACUUACUUAAUUCAAUACACUUUUCCAGGUCUUCAUUCCCUUGUCCUAAUUUUCAGCAAUCCCAAUCUGGAAAAGAGACUGCUAGGGAUUCUGCCCUGUGUGAAGUGCAAAGUCUUCCUCAAGAGGGAACUGUAA